AUGGCCACCUCACGCUUCGCCAGCCUCGCUGCCCGCCGUCUUGCAUUAGUGCCCAGCGCACCUCCCGCAUUGUCACUUGUCUCGGCUGUGCAGGCGUCCUCGAUACGCUACAGCAGUCAGCAUGCCAAACCCUCGGCUUCCAAGAGUCUCCUCCCUCCCGAGACGCCUCUGCCGUCCCAGUCAAAACCCAGCAAUGCAGCAGAAUAUGUCCUCACGACAUUUGAUCAAAUUGCCGCCUGGGCCCGGCAAGGCUCUGUGUGGCCACUCACCUUCGCCUUGGCAUGUUGUGGUAUCGAAAUGAUGCAUUGCUCCAUGCCCCGCUAUGACCAGGACCGUCUAGGAAUCAUUUUUCGCGCCUCUCCCCGUCAGGCCGACAUUAUGAUUGUCGCUGGCACUGUCACUAACAAGAUGGCCUCUGCUGUCCGCCUGUGCUACGACCAGAUGCCAGAUCCCAAAUGGGUUCUUUCCAUGGGCAGUUGCGCCAACGGAGGAGGAUACUACCACUACAGCUAUAGUGUCCUUCGCGGUGUCGACCGUAUCCUGCCUGUUGACAUCUAUGUUCCUGGUUGUCCGCCCACGGCCGAAGCUCUGCUUUACGGCAUCUUCCAGCUCCAGAAAAAGAUGAGGGAUCAAAGGGUCACCAGGAUGUGGUACCGCAAGUAA